AAACUCUUCAUCUUCUUUACAAAAUCCCACAGAAACCCAAAACCAAUAAACCCCACGUCCUUCUCUCUCUCUCUCUCUUUCUCUCUUCCAAUUUUUGUUUUUCCCGAAGAAUCUCUUCUAAAACUGCGAAUUUCCACCUUUCUGUUUCCUACUCAGAAAUCUCUUCAAAGCCCUCUCUCUCUCUCUCUGUAGUUCCAAACAUCAGAAAUUUCUUUUGCUUCCAUUGGUUGGAAUACCCAUUUGAUCUUUCCAUCAGAAACCGUCCGUACAACUGUAAUUUCUUACGAACUUCAUCUUCACCAAGCUUCUCUGCUCUGAAGUCUCAUCUUCUUCUUCUUGUUUUUUUUUUUUUUUUUUUCUUCCCGUUAUCCGUAGCUAGUUAUGCCGCUUUGAUGGAUAUCUGGAGUUCAAAACGAAAUCUUUUUCAGUACCCAUUUGAGUUCUUUCAUCCAACUCGAAAUCCAAUCUCCAGAUUUAUACUGUUAUUCAAAAUCCAAUAAAUUUUCAAAGCCCAUUUUUAUUAUUCCUUCAAACUGAAAACCAUUUCUCUUCUCUGCUGUUUAACAUCCAAUCUUUUUCAACACCCAUUUGAGUUCUUCCAAAAUCUAAUCUCCAGACUUCUCUUCUCUGCCAUUCAAAAUCCAAUAUUUUUCAAUACCCAUUUGAGUUCUUCCAUCAAAAUCCAAAAUCCAAUCUCCAGAUUUCUCCUCUCUGCAAUUCUUUACCCAUUUUUAGUUCUUCCAUCAAAACCAAAACCCAUCUCCAAUUUCUCUCCCUGCAAUCCAAAUUCUCGACCUUUUCAAUACCCAUUUGUUUUCUUCCAUCAAUCUCCAAACCCAUCUUCAGAUUCCUCUCUGCAACUUAAAAAUUCCCUUCUUUUUGGAUACCCAUUCCUCCAAAAAUCCAUUUCAAGAACUGCAUUUCAAAACCCUUCUCAAAAAAAAAAGAAAAGAAAAGAAAAAAAACAUUUUCAUCGCUGUAUCAGAUUUCUACAUUGUCUGUAUAAGAAUCUUCAUGUCUCCAAAAACCCAUUUCUCAAUCUCCACUACCAUGCUCCAUCCAUAGCCCCCAUGUCAAUCGCCUGUGGUCUCCCCCUCCUUGAAUGUGUCUACUGCCUGGCCUGCGCUCGCUGGGCAUGGACACGGUGCCUCCACACAGCAGGCCACGACAGUGAGAACUGGGGCCUUGCAUCCGCUGAAGAAUUCAAGCCCGUCCCCCACCUCUGCCGCCUAAUGCUUUCUGUCUACGAAGACGACCUUCGUCACCCACUCUGGGCGCCCCCUGGCGGCUACGGCAUCAACCCCGAUUGGGUGGUCCACCGCAGGACCUAUGAAGACACCGAAGGUCAGGUCUCACCUUACAUACUCUACCUGGAUCAUGAAAAUAGCGAUAUAGUCCUUGCAAUAAGAGGCCUUAACUUGGCGAAAGAAAGCGAUUACGCGGUCUUAUUGGAUAACAAGCUUGGGCAGCGGAAAUUCAAUGGUGGGUAUGUCCACAAUGGGCUGUUGAAGGCGGCUUUUUGGGUAUUGGAUCAUGAGUGCAAGGUUUUAACAGAGUUGUUGGAGAAGUACCCAAAUUAUAGGCUGACAUUUGCUGGGCAUUCAUUGGGGGCGGGAGUGGCGGCGCUGUUAGUGAUGGUUGUGUUGCAAAACCGCCAUAGGUUGGGAAAUGUAGAGAGGAAGAGGAUCAGGUGUUAUGCCAUGGCACCUGCGAGGUGCGUAUCCUUGAAUUUGGCUGUUAGAUAUGCGGACGUGAUCAAUUCCGUUGUGCUCCAGGAUGAUUUCUUACCACGUACUUCUACUCCCUUGGAAGACGUUUUCAAGUCACUUAUCUGCUUGCCAUGCAUACUAUGCCUAAGAUGUAUGAGAGAUACAUGCACACCGCAACAUGUCAAGCUCACAGAUCCAAGGCGACUAUAUGCACCGGGCCGGAUCUAUCACAUUGUUGAGAGAAAACCGUUCAGGCUUGGAAGAUUCCCACCAGUCGUGAGAACGGCCGUGCCUGUGGAUGGGAGGUUCGAGAACAUCGUACUUUCUUGCAACGCCACCACCGACCAUGCGAUCGUUUGGAUAGAGAGGGAAGCCCAAAGGGCCUUUGAUUUGAUGAUGGAGAAGGAAAAGAUCAUGGAAAUCCCUGCAAAGCAGAGGAUGGAACGGCAGAACACGCUUCUCAGAGAACAGAGCGAGGAACACAAGGCAGCGCUCCAGCGGGCCGUCACAUUGGCUGUCCCACACGCAUACUCACCUCCUUCUUAUGGAACAUUCAGUGAAAGUGACGGGGACGGCUCUGCCACGUCCGGGGAGGCCUGGGCAGACUCGUCCAGGACGAACCGACGAAGAGAGAACUGGGAAGACUUGAUCGAGCGCAUGUUCGAGAAGGACGAAUCCGGCCACAUGGUGCUGAAGAAAUCACCGUCAGAUUAAAUGGGUGUGUUUGGAUGUAUGUUCAAAUCGCAUUCCCGAAGGUGAUGUUCUGAGCCCACCUCCCAUUUGAAUAGGAAUACUGGAAAGUGGCAUUUGGUGAUCUAUCACUUUCCCGCGUGAAAUUGAUUGCCUGUCUGUUUUCCAUUGGACACAACAAGCAGGCCGUUAGUUUUGGUUGGAAAUCAAAUUCUCCCCACUCAAUUUGGAGACCUCCAAACGCGCCACAAUGAUGUAAAUUUUCCACAAUUUGAUUGUAUUUUAUUGAAGCCUGUAUAUUAAAAUAACAGAAGAUGGUCACUAAUCCAGAUUGGUGGUUGGCAUUUGCUGCUGUGGAGGCUAUGCAGCAGAAGUCUCCUUGAUGGAGCAAUCUUGAUCGUUGGAUUAGCGGCAUAUGGAUGGAUGGUUAAUAAGAUAUAGCUAAAAUGAAAAUGUGCUGAGAUUGGUCGCUGUGA